CCUGUUUCUCCUUAUCUGAUUGCUAUGUGUUUUUGUGGAAAAAAAUGGGAGACGUUUCUUUCCAUCCUUCCCUUCUGAGUACUCUUCUCUUUCUUUUCCCUUUCGUUUUGUUCAGCAAAUCUGGUUCCGUGAAUUUAGACCCUGGCUGCACUCUCUUUCAGUUCCCCUUUUUUCGUUCUUCUCUUUCGCCAAUUUGGAGCUGUUUUUUUUUGUUUAAUUAAAGAGCCCCUUCCUUGCACUGGUUUUUAAAAAGAUAUCGAUAUCGCAGCAGCAGAAAGUGUUCAGGGCGCCGGACUCUCCUCUUUCAAUGAAUUUGGGCUUUGCUGAUGUUUUUCCUUGCCUGUGCGUGGAUAGAGUCCCUCCCUUGCCGCGGGCUCUUUUUUCUCCUAAUUUGUCGUCCGUACUACAAAUUUGUAACGCUACAUUGUCCAGAUCCGAAAUUCGUUCAGCCGUCUCCCUCUCACAUCCGAAAAUCUGCCCUGGAUGCUCAUCUUCAACUCAUAUCUUUCACUUAUUUAAGUGGCUGCUCAUAGAUAGGGGACAAAGGGAAUGGAGCAAUCGGAAUCCGAAGUUUCUGGCCAUCAAGUUGGGGUUGAAAGCAACAGUAAGAAGAGAAGCUGCGAUGUUACUGCAGAAAGCAACAGUGAGAAGAGACAAUUAAUCUCAGGUAGCGUCUUAAAUAGUGACGAAGAAGAGAUACGCCAAUUCAUAGAGAAGCUGAAGAAGGUGGAUGCUUAUAUGUAUGUGUUCCGGAGGGAGAAGUUCAAGUGCCCCUCAGUACAUGAUUCGAUGACACGCUCAUUACAGAGCAGAUUUGACAAGACUGAGAAAAUGGGGAAUCCAAUUGAGGGGAUAGACUUGGGAAGUGUGAAGCAUUUCAGCUAUGAUAAGGUGAUUGAUAUCAUUGGCGGUUUUUCAGAGGAAAGCUAUGUAAAAGACGUCUUAUUUGCCCGACUAUACAGAGGAAAGAUUGAUGAAUGGUCAGGCCCUCAGGAGGUCAUUGUUAAAAAAUGGAAUUUCUACUUUCCGAUUAAUCGCUGGAUUCAGGCAAAUCCAACUUAUUUUGCUUGGCUCCUUGAAUUUAUGCUCAACCCGCUUGUCUCGUCACAUCCUAAUAUGGUGAAGUUGAUCGGGUUCUCAUGUGACAAGACAUUUGCCCUUGUUUAUGAUGUGAACCUAAAACAUACUCUAUGGGAUCUCAUUCCUCUUCGUACCUUCUCUUGGAAAGCUCGGAUGAAAGUGGCAAAGCAAGUUGUUGAAACCCUAGAGUUCUUUCACCAACGAAGAAUAGCAUUUUGCACCUUUGCUGCGCCCAACAUUAGUGUUGAUGAGGAUUACAACAUAAAAUUGUUCGAGUUUGGUCGUUCUGCGAUGGUUGCAAAUGAGGAUAGAAUUUGCAUAGGAGCAUACAAUUAUUUUUCCCCGGAAGCUCGUUAUAUGGUGAUCGAAAGAAAGUGGUGUUUCACGACUGAUGUAUACACACUUGGGCUUUUGCUUUUGGAGUUGUUAAUGGCAAAAUGUGUGGAGAAGAAAACUGCAUUAGGUUUUGCUGAUUGGGUAGCAAAAGCCUAUUUAACAGGGAAGGGAUACAAAUCUUAUGACUGCAAGGUAGUCAGGCAGCAGAACUUCCUGUUUCAUCUGGGAACAAAGUGUUGUAAUAAAGAUCCUAUGGCGCGGCCAAAUAUGGAUGAAAUACUCAAGGAAUUUACAGAGUUCUUGGCCCAAUUCAAUGAAACAAAGAGUUAAAGGACUUGUAGUUUAAUAACUGAAGUGUUGUAUGGUAUACUUUCACUUUGUGUCCUUUGCGUGCUUCUGCAGAACUAGAUGUUGAUGUUUCUUCAAAGUUCAAACCAGGGUAUGCUAUAUGGUUAUAUUAAUUACUCCGUAUUAAACUAGACUAGAUGAUGUUGAAGUUUUUUGCUUUCGCAUUAUGUCAUAUCAUAUUAAUCUGGAAUUCUGGAUGUUGAUGUUCUCUUUUGUAUACGUUUCAGAUUCAUUGUCAAAAGAAUAGUGGAUGAUUGCUAAAUUUUAUCAAUAUUGGAUAUAUUUGCAAUGGCUUUGUAUAAUCUGUUAAAAAAAAUUGAUGGAUGGAGUUGGACA